GGCGUGUAAGCUUAAAAUCUCUCCCCCCAAGCGGGAAAUCCACCGUAGGCUAGGCCCCCCAGAACCCCAAUCAAAAGUUAGCAACCGCUUCAACGCUGCUUUCCAAUUUAGACGACAUCCCAAACCUCCCGCUUAAUGGCUACCAAAAAAGGCGGCUCAUUUUUCAUCAAAUACUAACGUAUCCUAUACCUCUUUUCAUCAUUUUAAAAUUGGUUAUCGGAUCGCAUUAACCUACUGCACUCGAUGAACGGGUUUUAAACCCUUUUUCGGGCUGCGCUGUGCUCAUAGCUCACUCGCGACAUCCCGCGCAUAACCCGCCCAACAUCGCGCUUUGUCGUAUCACCAACUAUCGACAUUUCCGAAUUGGGCCGUCAAAAUCGAUAAUUUUGUUAAUCACCGCCUUACCCGCACGGCACAACGGGCACAACACGAUACGACACGAUACGACAAAAAAAAACACAACUCCGAUAACCCCGACUUCCCCCCGACCCUCCAAUAUCUCCAAUAUCUCUAAUAUCAACAUGCCCGACAUAGAUCCUGCGGCUCUAAGCCGCCCAUCUGUUAGCCUUUCCACCCCGACUCUUAAAUCGAUAACGGUUUCUGCGCCCUCUGCCCAGAAAGUGACCAAAACUAGUCAAAUCAUCCCCGCUCGCAUCGAUCUCGAACCUCUUUAUACUGCCCUUAAAUCGGCAAUUGGCAAUGAACAAUGGAAUAUCUACAAAGAAUCCACCACCCAGUUUAUAAUAGGACGCUUGAACCAGGCAGAAUACUCCGAACGUAUCGAUCCCAUACUAUCCAAUGGCGACAAGACUCACCUUCACAACCAGCUUCUUGCUGCUAUAUACGGAAACCUUACAAGGGAAAUGCCAGAUCAAGGAGUUGCGCCUUGGGUUUCUGCGAAUGACAAACCCGCUACCAAUGUCGGCGCUAAGCCCGUGACCGGCGAUGCUGCCGAACGAAAACUAAAAGGAGAAGUCAUGCAACUUCCGAGUCGCGAUCGAAGACGCAUCAAGGAACUUGCCCAGAAUGACUUUGACCCAUUCGAACCGCUGGCAGCUGUGUUUUCGGAACACCACCGAAGUAGAAUGGCUCGUGUGCCAGACAUUCCUCAAAGUGCCAAUGCUAAUGAUUUGAACAAGAUGAACUGGGACCUCGAAAUUCGCAAGCGAUUCGCGCAACCCUUAGCCGUAGAAUCAGGCGAGUUUCCGGACGUAACAUCGGUUGAAUCGAGGAUGUUACCGAUCUGCUACGAACACGGACUCGUUAAUGGACAUGCAGCCGAUGCUGCCCAAUUCAUGACCGUUGCCAGCGAAACUUUCAUGAAAGAAUUUCUCUCAACGGUGUUCAGCAGAACGAGGAGUAAUGGGCCUGGUGAUUCUGGGAGUGCUGGCUUUGGUUCUGGGGCCAACUGGAUUCAAACCCACAAGUAUCGCCGCCAAUUAAGGCGAGAAGAGGAAGCCUUUUCUAGGGGAGAGCUGUCUAGAGAUAAGAGCGGACUUCUACCCAUCGAGGCGAAAGCUGCUAGUGAGCGGCGCCCCAUCAGCAUGGCCGAUUUGCGGCUUGCUCUUGACAUCGGUGAUUGUGGCAUAAGCUCGUUCCCUAUCAUCAGAAAAGCAGUCCUGCACACUUAUAGGGAUGGCGAGCUCGAGAAUUAUAACAACUACACCUGGCUCCACGGCCAGAAACCAAGGGAUCACGAAGACUCAAGCGUUAAUGGUGCUGGUCAACAUGGUCCUGUGAAUGGCGGUGCCGACCCGGAAGCAAUGGACGUAGACGAAGAGCCGAUGCCAUGGAAGGGUGCAAGCGUCGAAGAUACGUCAAUGCUGGACAAUGUUUUGGAUUCAUGCCUCGCAGUCCCUUAGGAAGGAGAGGAGGCCGCCGAAACAUCGUCGGCACAAAAGCACUAAAGUGCCGUUGGUUCUUUGUGUGUUCCGUGUGCAUUGCGGGAAACACCUCAUAGUAGUUGGUCUUAUAUACGGCGGCAAAAACAGCUUGCCUGCUUUCUUGGGGCCGGCAUAUUGAAGUCAUUUGAAGUCAUCCACCCCUUUAGGAAAAGGGGAUUUGCAUCAGCAUAGGGGUUGGGGGCGUUGGUCUUAUGUUGCAUUUUUGCUUUGGCAUGUGUACGAACAUUGAAAAACGAGGGCAAGCAGCCGUGGUCGGCUUUGGCGUUACUCUCUGGUGGAUAUGUACUCUAUUGCAGCGAUACCCCCUACGCUACGCUAUGGAAUAGUGUUCGAGUUCUUGUAAGGCCAUUUCGCACGAUGGAUAAAAGGAAAUCCCAAGAGGGUCUAAUUGGAGGCAAUAGUGUGGUCUGUAAUAGUAUAUAUCUGUGCGAUUGGCCCAAGGUUUAGGAACUUCGUGGAAAAUAAAUCCAUUAAUCUGAA